AUGGCCGACAGCAAAAUAACGGUGACUUAUUUUGACUUCAGUGGAAGAGCUGAGUGCAUUCGUCUAGUUUUGACAUAUGCUGGUAAAGAGUUUGUUGACAAUCGGAUCAAACAAGAGCAGUGGCCAGGAAUAAAGCCAAAAUCUCCAUUUGGACAACUUCCCUUUGUGGAAAUAGAUGGCAAGGUGUAUGGCCAAAGUUUGGCUCUUGCUAAUUUUUUUGCCAGGGAAUUUAACCUGUAUGGCAAAUCAAACCUGGACAGUCUGAAGAUUGACCAGCUUGCACAGCUCAAUGAGGAUUACAUCCAGGAAGUGGUCAAAGUUUUUAGAGAACCAGACGCAGAAAAGAAGGCAGCGAUUGAGAAAAACAUAAAAGAAGUUGUAGCACCAAAGUUUUGGGCCUUUUACGAGAGGUUGCUGAAAGAGAACAAUGGUCAGUAUUUUGUAGGCCAGAGUGUGACCCUUGCUGAUUUGAUUGCCUAUGAUGCCGUUACCGGGUUUAUCAAAACGUACGCAGGACCCCUACCUGAUAGCUAUCCCUUGCUGAAAGCACUGGUAGAGAAAAUUGGAAGCAACAACAAUAUCGCUGCUUACAAAGCCAAACAUCCAUGA